GUUAAUGAACUCCAGAAGAUGGCAGUACCGCAGCAUUACGGAUGCGAGCCGCCGGUAAACUCCAACGAAGAAGAAGAACUAGAAGAACGACGAGAAUUUUCCCCUCAGUGUUGAUGUUGGAGUCUAGGCUGCGAUGAGCGAGUUUGUAAAACCAGGUAAUCAGGAGCACGGGUGGAACGACCCACCGCAGUUUUCAUAUGGCUCGCAGAAGGAUUCGGGUGGACCAAAGCGAAAUAUCCUCAAUAAGAGGGUGCAUGCACCCCAAUUCACAGGUUCUGGAUCAGAGAUGCAAUCCCCACCAGUGGCGAUGCCAACGCCGCCCCGGGGAAUGAAUCCUCCUCCAAUGGACAGCAGCACCCCACCCUCUGUAUGUCCCAAAACUCCCUCAGACGGAAAGAUGGAGGCGGUAGAGCUGGAGACAGAGCCAUCCGUUGAGGAUGUGCAAGAACCACUUUAUGGAGCGCUGAACGCAUGCAGACAUACUGUAAAGAAACAGAUUUGUGAUGAUGUGGAAAGACGUCUGAAUCUUUUUGAGGACAUGUGGAAAAGUGGAAAACUUUCUCCUUUGGUUAAACAUAGGAUGCAUAGAUUGUCCCAAGACCUGAAAAGAAAAAAUUGGGAUGCAGCUGAUGAGAUCCACAGAGGCCUGAUGGUGGACCAUGUUUCUGAAGUCAGUCAGUGGAUGGUGGGAGUCAAGCGUCUCAUCGCUGAAGCUCGGAGCCUGAACCCAGAACAAAACGACUGCACUGAUCCAGGCUCAUGAGGACUGUACGAUGUCCAUUCCUUUGAAAACCCAUGCUGCAUUAUAGAAGUUGCCAAAGUGAUUUGUGUUAACUUAUGUAAAGUUUUGUAUAAUCCACCUUUAAAAAUGUGCCCAUUCCCAUCUACAUCAUCUAAUAUUACUUUUUUUGUAGAUCGGUGCUGGGAAAAAGUCUUUCUUUAGUCUUCAUCAAAAAUGGAAAAUAAUGUAGGUAUGAAGUGUUACUACUGUAUAUAAAAUUCUGCUUUUAAAAAGGGUGUGAUUGUGAAUUAUUUCAGACAAUUGCACAGAUUAUGUAUAUUAUCUGGUAUUAUAUAUCUCAGUGGCUGUCCUUAGAUCAUGUUAUCUUGCUGUCCAUUGUGAUGUGCAAUAAAAUAGGCAAAAAAAAAAUAAAAAUAACAUCAAAUUGUUGUAGCCCUUAUAACAUGCAUACAUUAUCCAUAACUCAAAACA